AUACACAAUUAUCACAUCACAUUCUUAAUUUCAAAUUCCCCUUUUCUUGUCUUUCACCUUCAAAUUCCCCUCUUCCUCUGUUCCUCACACAUACAUGAGUGUAGGGGAGACAAUUGCAACAACAACAACAACAUCAAGACACGAUGGAGAGCCAAGAUCUUUCGCCACCCCACCACGUGGAUGCAUCUCGGCCGUCCCUUGGCUUCCCCUUGGGCACUGCACUCCUCUUGAUCAUCAUCUUCAGCUUGAGUGGCAUCCUCUCUUGCUGCUACCACUGGGAUAAGCUCCGAUCCCUCCGUCAAUCAUACCCAAACGCCGACCCUGAAAUCCCUUCAUCACCCACCAAAUCUAAACUUCACACCACGGAAUUGAGUAAAAACAGGGGACAAAGCGUGCCGGUGAUGAUGCCAGGAGAUGAGGUGCCGAAGUUCAUAGCGAUGCCGUGUCCGUGUGAGCCUUCGCGACCAGAAAGCAUUGUUGUGACGGUGGAGAAGCCACCGCCCAAGCCACGACGGCAACUACCAAUCCCUUUAUAUUUGUGAACAUCGCAGAUGCUAUCGCCGUCACAGUUGAGUCGCAAUCUUAAGAAUUUAAAAAAUUAGAGUCAGAUACAGUGGAUGCAGCUAUGGAGAUUUAUAAAAUCUUAAUUUUGCGGCUGCUAUUAUGGGCAUGUUUUGUAAAUAGCAAGUUGUGCAGAAACUAUCGUCACAUGUUGUCACCAUAGUGUUGAAUGACUGUACAUUGAUUAUUCUCCCAAUGUGCAAGAAAAUGCAAAUGGUAGCAACUUGUGAUGAAUAGGAAAAAGUGUGAGAGAAAAUUGGUAAAAAGAAGGGAUAGGUGAGGCAGCAGGUUGGUUCUAAGAUUUUGAUGAUUAUUCAAUUUGAUUCGUGUUCUGUUCUACUGUAACUAUUUAGAGUCUAAGUGGUUUGUCUAUUGAUUGAAUGCACUCAAUGCAGACAUCCAAUUUCGCUUUC